UUGGUAGACCAUCGGAGAGGAUGGAGUAAGACGCAGAUGGUCCAAGCCUGACAGAUCUUCCUACCGCGACCACGCAGGUGAUGGCUCGAGAGAUGUGCCCAUCUAAUGGUCGUACAUCCAUGAUCCCUGGUGUGUUGAACAAUGUUUUCCGUACCUUCUUUUCUCCGCUCUCUUCCAUCCUGAAGAUGAGCUUCUUCGUUUUCUUUCGAGCGACUGGCGUUAUUGGAGGCUCGGAUGAUAUGCAUCUAAAGGACCGGCGUUUCUUUUGUUCACUUUCUCUUCUCUGCCCAAUAUCAAACCCGAUGGUUUACACCAUCCCAUUUUCUGACAUUUCUAUCUCAAUGUCACUCUUUCUAAACCAUACUCUCUGUUCCAAGAAACGCUCUCUGUCCUUUCUAGGAUCUAGUCUCGAUGUUUCAAGACAAAUGUUUGACCUGCAUCAUACAGUCAGUCACAAAUGCAGGGCUGGAGGCUCGGCCAAAAGCGACUUGUCGAUCAUUAGGGUUGAACAUGUCGAUCCUCUGAUGGAAAUAUUGGAAGCAAGACAUUUUAUUUUAUUUUACUCUUGCGAUGCGGCUGGAGACUGCCGUAUACUGUAUUUCGUGUUCGCACAAGUCGCAGUUAAGCCCUAAUCCUGCUUGGUCUCGUGGAAUCGAUUAAUUUGGUAAACUGGGAUUUGAGAAAAUCGAUUUCUGUAGUAGAGGGUGGGGUGACCCUGUCUAAGUCAUUUUUGACUGAUGGGUAAGAUAUUAUUUGGCGAUAUGGUGCCUUUAGAUGUAGAACCAGAGCUACUAUUAGCUAACGAAGGGUCAUGUAUAACUGCUUGAUUGUUGCUGCCAUUG